AGCCUAAACUAACUUUAGACUUCCACCGAAAAGCCGUGUAUGGAAGAUCAAGGCAGUGAAGGAGGAGGCGGAGAAGAAGACGAAGAAGUUGAAAAUUCCCAAGGCGGUUCGCUGACGGCUGCUAUUGUGGCUACUACCUAAGGAAUUUGCGUGACGUAGGGAAGAGUAUGGGUAAAAAUAAGGGUAAGGGUCUUCUCUCCUUCCGCUCCUCAAGCUUACGCCGGCGCCCGAAGAAGGCAGCCGAUCAUCGGCCGCCACCAUCGCCGCCGCAACAGCAGGCAAUCGGCACUGCUGGGUCUCCGGGUGAUGGCGGCGGUGCCGGCGGGGCGUUGGUGAAGAGCAAGAAGAAGGCCGGCGUGGCGAGGUUGUGGAUAAGGUUUAAUCGGUCGGGUGAAUCGGAGCUUGUUGAGUUGGAUAAGAACGCCAUUAUAAGGCUCGCGGCGAUUCCGGCCAGGGAUUUGAGAAUUUUGGGCCCUCUUUUCUCUCACUCCUCCAAUAUCCUUGCCAGGGAGAAAGCAAUGGUGGUCAAUUUGGAGUUCAUAAAGGCCAUAGUCACAGCUGAAGAAGUCCUCGUUCUUGAUCCUCUUUCCCAAGAGGUUCUUCCAUUUGUUGAACAACUCAGGCAACAAGUUCCAUUUAAAACUCAGCCAAAACUUCAUGGCCAUGCAGAUGAACAAGAAAAUGAAAUGCUUGUUUCAACUGAUAGACAAUGGUUACCUGUGCCAGAGUCCACAGAUGGUUUGCAGGCAGAGCUUCCAUUUGAGUUUCAAGUUCUAGAGAUUGCUUUAGAAGUUGUCUGUACAUAUUUGGACUCAAGUGUGACAGACCUUGAGAAAGGUGCCUACCCUGUAUUGGAUGAAUUGGCUAGAAAUGUUAGCACCAAGAAUCUUGAACACGUGCGAAGUUUGAAAAGCAACCUUACACGUUUGCUGGCACGCGUGCAAAAGGUGCGAGAUGAAAUUGAACAUCUUCUAGAUGACAACCAUGAUAUGGCACAAUUGCAUUUGACGAGGAAGUGGUUACAAAAUCAGCAAUCUGAAGUUCUCUUGGGAGCCACAGCCUCCAACGCUCAUGCUACUGCAGCCCUUGUUCCUCACAUUGGCUCUAACAGAAGUGGAAGUCUUGUGACUAGCAAUGCCAUGGAUGACUCUGAUGUUGAGGAUCUGGAGAUGUUGCUUGAGGCAUAUUUUAUGCAGUUGGAUGGAACUCGGAACAAGAUAUUAUCUGUGAGAGAAUAUAUUGAUGACACAGAGGACUACGUCAACAUCCAACUUGACAGCCAUAGAAAUGAACUGAUUCAGCUGCAGUUGACCCUGACCAUCGCAUCAUUUGCCGUUGCUUUUGAGACUUUGAUUGCUGGUGCAUUUGGUAUGAACAUCCCUUGUACAUUAUAUGAUAGUCACGGAGUUUUCUGGCCAUUUGUUGGAGGCAUCACUGCAGCUAGCAUAUUGCUUUUCUUCAUUGUUUAUGGAUAUGCAAGAUGGAAAAAGUUGCUUGGUUCUUAAGUAUCUUACCAAGUAUAAUCAUCUUGGCAAAAUAAAAAUAAAAAUAAAAACUAGGUUUAUUACAGGUUCACUUUCAAUGAUGCUCCUCCUUGCCCAAGAGAGAAGGAUUGUUCCCCUGCUUUGAUGAAUAAAUAGAUAUUUAGCAAGCUUUGGAAACCCUUCAAAAGAAAGAGGAUUGAUCCUAUGCUGGCUAUUCUUGAUGAAGUUUAUUCUAAUGCUUGGAUGUGGGAUUAAUUGCAUCAAAUGUGCAUAAUGGAGGUUAGGCUAGGAUGUGACUCUGUUUUACGUUCGGAGUACAGGUUCUGGAGUGACUUAAGACUGAACAUUUUGAGCAGAGUAUUUCACUUCAGAGCACGAGGAAGCAUAAAAUCAGGUUGCUUAUGUGCAAAUCUUCGAAGUAGAAGUUGCAUUAUCAUCAUGAUUGUGUAUCAAAUUUUCCUCUUUCAAAUAUUGUGCGAUGGAGCUAGUUUGUUCUGUUUUGAACUUAACAUGUAUGACACUGGCAUAUUAUGGAAGGCCUCCAUUCUAAAACUAUUUUCCUUAAACAAACCUUGUAUGGUUAUCAACGUAAUAUAUUCACUGGUUGUUUUUGCAAA